AUGUACCACCAGUUCUUCCUCUCACUUGUGGCCCAGAUCCUGGAACAUAAAGAUAUAGGCUUUGUGAUGGUGGAUGCCAAGAAAGAAGCCAAGCUUGCCAAGAAACUGGGUUUUGAUGAAGAAGGAAGUCUGUAUGUUCUUAAGGGUGAUCGCACGAUUGAGUUUGAUGGCGAGUUUGCAGCUGACGUCCUGGUGGAAUUUCUCCUGGAUCUAAUUGAAGAUCCCGUGGAGAUCAUCAACAGCAAACUGGAAGUCCAAGCCUUCGAACGCAUUGAGGACCGGAUCAAACUCAUUGGCUUUUUCAAGAGUGAAGACUCGGAGUGUAAGUUGUCUGUCAGCCCCACUUGUGAGUCUAAAGGCUAG